CUAGUUAAUAUUAGCACGCAAGUUUUUUAAGUAUACGUAAACUGUUACCAUAGCAACAUCCUUUUGACCCUUUGUUAGCAGAUCUAAAAUGGCGGAAGACGGUGAGAAGCCAACCGAAUCAGGAAAAUCUGUAGACCAAGAUCAAGUGAAAACAUUAAAACGCCACUUGGAGGGAUGGCGAGAAAUAUUAUUACCAGUAAAUUCAGUUCUUAUGUGGGAAAAACCUUUCUAUCCUGCAAUUUUAAUAGGAGUAACUUCGUUUAUUUUCCUAUUGGUUUGGAUAUGUGAACCAUCUGUAUUAACCACUUUUGCAUUAUUGGGAUUAUUGGCAAGCAUUUUGGAUUAUGCAGUUCCUCUGAUCAGUGCAAGCUUCUUUGAUGCAAACAAAUGGACAGGCACAGAAGAACAGAAAUUUGAGGAUAUCUGCCGAGGGUUGGUAUACACUCGUCAAUGCUUACAAGAUAUAUGGGAUACCAGUGCUCAUUUGAAGGAAGCAAAACCUAAAGUGUACUUUGUGGUUGUGUUGAUAGGUCUUAUAUUUGUUGCUUGGAUUGGAAGUUUAGUGGACAAUCUGUUCCUCACUUAUUUAUGUGUAAUUCAACUUGUGAUGCUACCUGGUUUGAAACACAAUGGAAUAUUGGACAAAUAUACUUCAAAAAUAGUUCAGAUGAUAAAAAAUUUUGCAGGCCCAAAGGUGAAAAAGAAUUAAGGAUUGACAGUUCUGCUUGUUUUUUAGCAUAUAUAUCAUGCUAUGUAUUGUGUAAAAAAAAAACUUGAUAACUUUUAUAUGUGAGAAAAUCAAUACCUGUAUAUUUAAUUGGAUAAUAUGGUAUAAUCCGCUUAAAUGUUUUUAUAUGGAAUGAUGAUAUUAUUUUAUGUUUUUAAUCUGAUUAUGUAUAUUAAAUGGCUCAUAUUAUUGCAUUUGAAAUCCAUAGUUUAUUUCCAUAAAUUAUUAAAAUAAUAAAGUUGUUUUUCUUAAUUAAGAAAGUGGAAAAUUAGUAAAAAAAAAUGUAUUUUUACAAAAUAAACUAAAGAAUAAUAAUUAUAUUAAAUAUUCUAAUAUUGGAAAUCCUAUUCUGCACAAUUGAAACAGUGAGAAUUUUUUCAUUCCAAAUGUACACUGAACAUUGUUUUGGUGAAAAAUAAAAAAAUCUAAGUGGAUUAUACUUAAUUUUUAAUGUUCUGCAUGCAUAUCAUAUUAAGUUUAACAAUUUAUAAUGUCCAUAUAUUCAUGUAGGUAAUAUAUAAUCAUUCUCAGUUAUUACUUAAAUUUGUGAUAUUGUUCAAUUAACCAUAUAAAAUUUGUACAGAAUAGUUCCAUCUAUUUAUGUUAUGGGAAUUUUCUUUAUUUAUAUAUUAUCGGAAUGUGCAAAAUAUCUGCACCUUUUUCACACAAAUUGCAUGUAGAUAGUAUAUGUUUAUUAAGGUAUUGUAUUUUUGAAAUAUUUCAUUUAAAAAUAUUUAUUUUAUUUUUUAAUUUCAAUUUAUUACAUUUAAUAAAUGGUAAUUCUCACAUUUGCAAAUAGAUGUGCUGCGUAAUGGGAUGAUUAUGUUAACUUCUGUAAAAAAAA